CGCUCUCUACACCAACACAACCUCCUCUGCGGAUCCACUGUAGCUACUGCAGUGAAUCCGUCAUCCGUAAAGAGAAAAGGCGAGAGCAAGUCAAGCUGGUCUAUAUUUAUUACAACCAGAAAUAUUUCCCUGGAACAGUCUUAAAAUUGAUUGUGCAACGUCGUCCUUUCAAAGUGUUUCCCUUGCGCACCAGGUGAAGAAACCCAACCGACAGAAUGGGAAACGAAGCAAGUUAUCCCUUGGAGAUGUGUACACACUUUGAUGCUGAUGAGAUUAAGAGGCUAGGAAAGAGAUUUAAGAAACUCGACCUAGAUAACUCUGGCUCCUUGAGCGUGGAAGAGUUUAUGUCCUUACCGGAACUCCAACAGAAUCCCCUUGUACAGCGAGUAAUCGAUAUAUUUGACACAGAUGGCAAUGGGGAAGUCGACUUCAAAGAAUUCAUUGAGGGUGUCUCCCAGUUCAGUGUCAAAGGUGAUAAAGAGAUGAAAUUGCGCUUUGCCUUCAGGAUCUAUGACAUGGACAAGGAUGGCUACAUAUCCAAUGGAGAACUCUUCCAGGUCCUCAAGAUGAUGGUGGGAAACAACUUAAAGGACACCCAGCUUCAGCAGAUUGUUGACAAAACCAUCAUCAACGCAGACAAAGACGGCGAUGGGAGAAUAUCCUUUGAGGAGUUUUGUGCGGUGGUGGGAGGAUUAGACAUACACAAAAAGAUGGUUGUGGACGUGUGACUGACCUCACGGGCCCCCUCAAAAAUCCCUUUUCGCUUUCUUCUCCAUUUCUGAGGAUCUGCUCAAGGCGUCAUCCAGCAACGCUCUCUGUGUAUUUUUCAAUGGAAGUAUUUUUCUCUGUGAAGCCACCUUUUUUUUUCAACCCGAGCCUUCUGAAAGCCAACCAUUUGUAAGUGUUAUUGAACAUGAAUUCUCUCCAUAACCCGGUGUAACACUUUAAGAGCCUGAAGGACAGCUUUUUAUCGUUGAGCGAGUAUUUCAGUUUGGUGGAGGAAGGUUAGUGUGUUUCUCUUUCAUUUUGAGGCAGUUGGGAUUUAUUAAAUAUUUAUUUUGGUCUUGGCUUUUUGGGGGGGGGGGUGUAGUUAGCUGUGAUGUAACUUGAUGUACUUGAUUUCGUACAACACGAAAAUAGAGCAUGAAGUGCCAAUCAGAACAUAUAAUAAACCGGUUGAAUAUAAUGGUAUCUAUCUUUUUCUAUCAACAUUCGGUAGAAUUGCUUAUUUCAAUGUGCAUACAGCACGAUUCAAACAAUCCAAUUACAUUUUCAGGGCAAAUGCUUUCCCUGCUUCUUUCACUCAGUAUUUUGAGCAGCUAAGUUUUUAAGAUCGUGUAAGACAGCUUUCUUAAUAAGGGGGAUUGUGUACUAUACAUGUUUAUAUUGUCAGGGACAUCUAUCAUCUUGCUUUGAAGAUGCAGUGGAGUAGAGAAAAUAAUAUUUACAUUUCUGCACAUACAAGUUUACUUCAAGGGCAAGUCUUUUUUGAGUCACUGGUUGGUUAUGCGAAUAAUUUUCACCUUAGUCUCUUAUUCCAACAAAAAGCACGUCUUCAUUCUGGAUGGUAUGACAUCACAGGCCAUUAGAAUAUUCUCGUUAAUGUGUUUUGUAUUUAUUGCUUUGUCAGCCAUGUGAAGUUACAGAUAUGGAUUGGUUACAGACUAUCAAAUAGAAGUAGAGAUGAGUGCUUUUUGUUUAAAUGCUGGUGAUACGGUAAAUCUAGCUUUUUUGGGGUUGCAUUUAACAACUUAACUGCAGGCAGAGCUGAGGUAACUUACAGUAAGUAGGCUAUAGUUAGGACAUUGAGGGAUGUUAAGUUGGUUAGGCUUAUGAGAGGCGGUGAUUUCAACGUACACAUUUUGCCUUCUUGACAAUGUAAUUUGCAUCUAUUUCAUGAACAUCUUUUAAUUCGGUUUCUCAAACAUUGUAUGGACUUGCCGUGAGUUGACGUAAUAGUGCAAGGUCACAGGUGGGCUGUCCCUCUUCCUCCCUACCUCCUGAACAUCAUUUUUUUUCUCUUGAGUUUUGUUGAGAAGAUUGCAACCAACAAGGGCAUUUUAUUAUAAAGCUACCAAUGUUCUUUACACAGAGAGAGGGGACAAGACAGAACAGGUUUAAUUUGUAUCUAUACAUUUUAUUGGAAUUUAAACGUAUUUUAAGUUUGUGGCUCUGCUUUUUUGCCCAACUGAAUGCACCAACGGGCGGGUGUUCCAAGCGCGUGAUCCUGUGCCGCAUGCGCCCGCCUCGCACCGCUGUUUUCUUCAAUGGCGUGCUGCACGACGACGGCUCUUAUCUGAUCUUAAAAGGCCCCGAAGUCUUGUGAUGUGCUUGCAUGACAUGAAGGGUUCUUUUUUUCUUCUUUUGUGUGCAUGUAGAUCCAUUUUUUUGAAAAUCUGUAUGUUUACAUAUGAAUCUUAAUGUUAAUAUAUUAUAACAAAUGAAAAUGACAUAUAUGGAUGUUGGCAACAAAAAAAAAAUUGGUAAAUGUUGAAUAAAUAUGGAAAUGACUAAAAGUAACUCCACUACAUGUAACUGUUAUUCUAAACAACUAUAAUCUUUUGGAUAUCUCUGUCACUUCUAUUCCAGCAAAGCUUCACUUAUGCCCCAGAGUAGACUACCAGCUCUGUUUCAGGGGGUAACCAUUCGAGAUGUUUUAUUUUAUUUUUUGUACAUUUCAUUUUUUUAACAGAUAUUUGUUAGAAACAUGGUAGUAUUAGUGGUCCCUUCUUUGUUUGUUUUUUAGGUUUGUGCUAAAUGUGUCCACUAUUGGAGGAAAGGGAUCCGUAUAGGGUGUGUUUUAUUACGGGGUGGUAAAGGGUGGAGGCAAAAAAAAAAAAAUGUUUUCAGUCUUAGGUUUGACUUUUCUUCUUAUCCGUCUCUGCAUGCUGCAUCUGCUGUGGGAACCAUUUGAAACUUCAUACAUGAAAAAGAGAAAUAAACCAUUUGAAAGUUGUUACAGA